GUGAGAGCAAAAAAUAGAAUGGUACACCUGGUUGGCGAAGCAUAGCCGGCUUUAGAAUGUGACCUCUUAUUUCCUUGAUGAGCUAGGGAUUAAAUAGCAAUAAUUCACAGCACUAUCACUUUCUUUGGUUUGUCACUAACAACAACAACGAGUUAACAAAAUCCAAACAGGCAUCUGGUGUAUCAUUCAACAUGUUUAUGUUCUUCUUAUUCGGCACAAAGAAUUUCACAUCGCACAUGGAUGGAUAUCCAAACAAUCUACAGUGUCCAAAUUGCCACAACAAUUCUGUUGAGCCAGUUAAGGAGAAGGAGUUCAUAUCGGUCUGGUUUGUGCCAAUCAUACCAAUCUACUGGGGGAAACAACUCAAGUGUAGGAUUUGCUCAUGGACACAGGACUUGAAGAAGGGAGAUUUGGAGAAGUAUAACAUCCAAAAGCAUUGACAUGGUAAAAAGGGUGUCAGGAGGAGGGAGACAACACAACAAUUUAGCGUAAUGAAGGAUAAUAAAAUAUUAUGAUGUUAUGAUGGAAAGGGUUUGAUUAUUAUAGCCAAUGCAGAGUUUCCUAACAGGCUUAGUUGAAGUUGUAGCGUUAUCACUACGUAGCUUUAUUCAGAGCAUACUUACAGUACCACAUUGAUGACACCCUUG